UGUCGAGAUCGUUGACCGAUGACGUUGGCUUGGCGGAGAAGGAGAGGGUUGCAGCGGCGCGUUGUCAGCGCCACCUGUGAUGAGCAAGCACCGAAGCAACCAGCAGUGAGUGCACGAAAGGGUGGGCGACGUGAUGAGAGCAACAUCGAUGCCAUUGCGGCAUCUGAGCGGACUUCGUUAAGGGUGGACCGAUCAUGUAACCGGCCUACAGUAAAGCUCUGAAGCUCUCACGCCUACGUACAGCUCCGGCAGAGCACAGGAAUGGCAGCCUCUCCGACAAGUCCAGUAGACGUGGUAGUGCGCUUCUCAACCUCCAAUCCAGAUGUGGUCAUUACAUUCGCCAACCCGGAAAACGCGACUGGAUUGUCACUGAAACAGCAAAUACGGCAGCAGUUAGAUGAGCCAACGGCAGCGAGUCGUCUCCGCCUGAUUCAUGCUGGCAAAGUACUGUCGGACACCGCGCCACUAUCAACGAGUCUACACAUCACAGCUCCACCUCCAUCCCGCAACGAUGAGAGUCGGAGCGAGAAAGCGAAGGGCAAGCAGCCCGUACGUGACAUCAAAGCUCCGCCAGCCGCUCGAGUCUACAUCCACUGCUCCGUCGGCGAUACUUUGACGCCUGCGGAACUGGCCAAAGAAAUACAAGACGCCACGGAAGCAGAGAAUGCCUUGCAGUCGAAGUUAGCACCCUCUGCAUCCGACCCCGACGCUGUUGACAUUCCAACCACGACUUCAACAACACCCGCACCCCGCGGCUUCGACCGUCUCCUCUCCGCCGGGUUUACCCAAGCCGAAGUAGCAUCCCUCCGGACCCAGUUCCUAGCUAUCCAGGCGCAUACUCACACGCCGGACACGAUGCCCUCGGGGCCGGAGCUACUCGCUCUCGAGGAGAGAUGGCUGGAUUCCGGCUCCAAUGCGGCUACCGCCGGAUCGGAGGACGCGGGCGGUUUCGGCAGCGAAGACGCUGGCGGACUUGAGGAUAUGCUCUAUGGCAAUCUCAUUGGCUUUUUUUGGCCGGUUGGUGCUAUGUGUUGGCUGAUGAGGGAGGAAGGGGUGUGGAGCCGGAGGCGGCAGAUUGCUGUGCUAUCUGGCUUUCUUGUAAAUAUUACGUUUGGGUUUUUGAGAAUCAUGAACUGAAGCUGCAAAUUCAUGAGUUCCAUCCACUUCGCAGAAUAUACAGCUUAUGGAGAGCUAUCAGUUUCGGCACCUGAAUGGCCCUUGUGAACUCAUGUACCAUGGCACAUGUUAAAACUUCUUGGCCGUACAUCUCAGAGUCUCCGACGUCGAGGCUCUGUACAGCGACCUAUGCAAAAACAAGC